AUGAGUAUGGCUUCUGCCAAGACGGCAAUGACGAAAGCCCCGCAGGAAGUAUCACCCGUGCGUACCACCAAUGGCACAGCAGACACGACAGCAGCAGCAGCAGCAGCAGCAGCAGCAGCGGUCUCGACACCCCCGUCAGACGCGAAGCUCAAGGAAGAACCAGGAACACCGGCCAUCUCUGCAACUCAGGUGACUGCACCGGACGGGACAGCCGCUGGCAUGGUCUCGCCGAAUGGUAAUACAGCUGCGCAAGAUGAAAGUGCCGCUGAUGCCGCUGCGACCCGGCGUAUUCAACGUGCAUCGAGAGCCUGCGAGAUAUGUCAUUCGCGUAAAGUGCGUUGCGAUGCGUCUACACUCGGUGUCCCAUGCACCAACUGCCAGGCCUUUGGCUUCGAGUGCAAGAUUCCAACGGCCGGUAGGAAGAAGAAGACAGCACGACAACAAGCACCGCAAAGUUCCGAUGGCGAUAGUAAAGAUGCAACGGCACGAGACCGUACAGAAGUCUCUGCGUCGCCUGCUAUGGAGCGACAUGGUACACCCACUGCAACGCACGAUCGUCAAGAUCUCACACGACCGAGUGUCACGCGUGAAGUGAGUGGUGCGGCUGUUCCUGAGCGCGCAGACCCGAGCAAGCUGUAUGUCGAUUUCAUCGAUCAUGAUAUUACACAGCAAGCCAUCCCAGAUAACGGACGUGUCGCAUAUUUGGGUGAAUCAUCCAACUUGAGCUUCAUUGUCAAGCGUCGUGCGAUGAACGAUGCAGACAAGGAAAUUUAUCACUACCCGAUCCCCGAUGUUUUUCGGGAUGAACCCGCCACAAAGCUCAAUAUUCUCGAUGCGGAUGAAGUGGAAGCGCUCAAAACGCGAGGUGCAUUCUUGUUGCCACCGAGAGAUGUGUGUGAUGACCUGGUAGAGACGUACUUCUCCAAAAUUGCGCCGCAGAUUCCAGUGGUCAACAAGACGCAAUUUAUGCAGCAGUAUCAUAAUGCAUCGGACCCACCACCGCUCUUGCUGCUGCAAGUCAUCUUUCUCGCUGCGAGUCGUGUGAGCAAGAAUCCGGCCCUGGUCGACCAGCAAACAGGCACAACCAACAAUGCCAGCAUGACGUUCUGGAAACGUGCCAAGGCAUUGUACGAUGCAGACUACGAAGACGACAAGGUCGUUGUGAUUCAAGCACUUCUUUUGCUCAGUUGGUGGUGGGAAGGUCCAGAAGACGUGACACGCAAUGUCUGGUAUUGGAUCGGCACUGCUAUUCGUGUGGCUCAAGGCAUUGGUAUGCAUCGUUCGGUUGCAAAGAGCAAGAUGAGCACGUUGCAGAAGCGUACGUGGCGUCGUAUCUGGUGGACAUGUUUUGCGCAGGACCGCCGUGUUGCAGCAUCUCUCGGUCGUCCGAUGUGCAUCAACGUUGAGGACUCUGACAUGGAAAUGUUGACUGAGGAGGACUUUAUUGAGGAAGACGUCGCGCCUGGCCAAGCUUUGCAGUACCCACCCAAUCGCAACCACGUCCUCUAUUUUAUUCAAAGCGUCAAGUUAACGGAGAUCAUGGGUGUCGUCCUGUCAAGGCAGUACUCGGCAGCCUCUCGCAAAGCCAUGCAACUACAAAGUCUUGAUUUGACACACUCGGACAUGGCACUUGCAAACUGGCUAAUGAGCCUUCCGCCAGAGAUGCAAUAUCACUGCACAAAGAAUGCAAAGAAGCAGAAUUUCUGGGCGGCUUUUCUGCAUAUGACUUACUACACAGUCUUGUGUUUACUGCACAGACCGCAUAUGAAGUCUUCUGUUCGACCCGAUGCAGCACCCACUACCUACCCAUCGAGGAAUAUUGCCUUCACUGCAGCCAACAUGAUUACGCGGAUUUUAGAAGAUGUCGUGCAUUAUGGCAAUCUCGAAAUUUUACCGUCCUUCAGCACGUACGCCAUUUUCUCCGCCAUGAUCUUCCAUUCCUUUGAGAUCCGUUCUCAAAACCCCGUGGUUCGCGAUGCGGCACACAAGAAAUUGCAAUUCUGCUCAAAGUCGCUUCGGGACUUGUCAAAGGUUUGGUUGGUAGCAAGCUCGAUUGUUGUGUUGUUUGAGGCAAUUGGCGAGUCGAAAGUGCUUCAAGACCGUCUGCAGAAGUCCGCCUUGCAAGCAGCCUCUUCCACCAACCUUACUCGCAGUGCUCUUGAGACGCGCAAGAAGCAUGCAAUUGAAUCCAUCAGCGAAUCGCGAAACUUGGCAAAUUUGCGAGCAGCCUCCAAUAUGGGUUCGCCGGAAGCGACUUUUGCAUCGCCAACAACGGCCCUGAAGCGCAAUGCAGAUACGAUGCUUGCGGGAACGUAUUCUCAGCAUUCACGUCCGGACGAAUCGCAUCUUGGUCACGGAACUGGUCUGACGCAUACCAUGAAUGGCACAGCAACGCCACCAGAAUUCUUCUUUUCCACGCAGCAAUCGAUCCCACAUACAUUCUUUGAGUCGUAUCAACCCAUGGAUCUGUUUCCACAGGAGGCUCUGGGCAUGAAGCAAUUACAGCAACAGCAACAACAGCAGCAACAACAACAACAGCAGAUGCAUAAAAGCAAUUCACCGGUCAACAUGCCAGCGCCGUCUUCACUUCCGCAGCAAUCACUGAAUAUUCCACAACAGGCAGGCUCGUCUGGUGGUAAUAGUGAGCGACAUUCGCCCAUCAGUACAGGGCUCGGUGGAGAGUACUGGAAUCCCGUACCGUUUGCAAGUCAAGGAGAUUUAGACUUUGAUGCUAUGGCGCAUGGUGAGGGAUUGCACUACCCUGAAUCAUCGGCAUCGGAUGAAGGUUCUCGACCGGGUGCGCCAGAGAGCUUGAAUAUUCAUGAUUGGUAUUCUUUCUUAGGGCUAGUGUAA